AUGGCCCGAUACCGCACUGCCGUCGCUGGAACCAACAUGGGUCAUUUUGGCGCUCAGGACGGUAUCACGUGGCUGCCUGCCAACCAAGAGGCUUGGACCGACUACGGCCACCGUGCUGUUCACUUUACCUCGCGCGUCGCCCAGCAGGCUGUCCGUAUCUUCUACGAUGCCCAGCCUCACCGCGUCUCUUCUCCUAACUCUUCCGUUGCCCCGAUCGACGCCAAGAAGCAAGUCUUCUACACCUACUUCAAAGGCUGCAGCACGGGCGGACGGGCUGCCAUGGCCGCGGCUCAGAAGUACCCCAAGGACUUUGAUGGCAUCAUUGCAGGCAGCCCCGCCUUCGACUUCAACAACCUCAAGGCCUACCAGAUCCACGUCAAUUCGUUCCUCGCCAACAACAAGAGCGAGGGCUACAUCCCAACCGAUGCGUAUCCCCUCAUCAGCACCGCCGUGCUGAAGGCGUGCGACAGCGCGGACGGCGUGGAAGACAAAAUCGUCUCCAAAGCUGAUACGUGCAAGCCCGACUUUGCUACCCUGAUCGGAUGUUCCAAGCUUGGCGUUAAGCCCUACGAUGAUGCUGACAAAAUGCCGGCGCCUGCUGAUGCCGCCGCCGGCCAGGAACAAAAGGCUCCUGCUGCUAACAGCAAGGAUUCGAAGCCGGCCGAAGCUCCGGCCAAGGAGGAACCCAUUAAGCUUCUUGCACGCAGAGACCCUGCUAGCACGGAUCCAGUAGCUGGCCCUGAGCUGGAGCCAACGAAGAAGGACGACGCCAAGGGCAAGGACAAGGAGGACAAGGACGCCGAAAAGGAUCCUGCUCCCAAGUGCCUUACCGAUCCUCAGCUCGAAACUCUGGCGAGCAUUUUCAGGCCGUACACGAUCGACAACGAGCUGAUCAGCGAAGGAGUGCUUCCAUCCAGUGUGUAUGGAUGGCAGUACAUUAACGCCGUCACGGGCAAGUUUGGCUCGUCUCCCGUCAGCUGGUUCCAGCUCGAAGUUCUGGGCGAGAAGGAUGCGAAAGCCAAGUUCAACGCCACCGAAAAGGUGACUCCCGAGGUGAUAAAACAAGGCCAGCAGCUCAACCCUGGCGGAACGAUCACUUUCGACUCUGAUCUCAACGAGUUCUUCAACGCCGGUGGAAAGUUAUUGCACUACCACGGCUUGGACGACUCGCUGGUUCCGCCCAUGGCCUCGCGUCGCUACUACGACCAGGUGCUGGAGAAGGUGGGCGACAAGGCCAGGUCGGCCUACAAGCUCUAUCUGAUCCCCGGUAUGCUGCACUGCCGAGGAGGUAAUGGCUGCUUCAACUUUGGUGGCACGGGACAGGAAGGGGCUGGUAAUCGACCGCUUCGAUACGAUGCGACGCAUGACAUGUUCCUCGCGCUCACCGAGUGGGUCGAAAAGGGCGUGGCGCCCAACGUGCUCUUUGGUGCUGCAUACAAGACCAAGGAGGGUACCGCUCCGCAAAAGUUCUCCGAUGACACUCCGUUCAGCAACAGUGUCCGUCUGACGCGUCCGCUCUGUCCCUGGCCCACCGCCGCCCGUCUCAAGGGCAAGGGCGGUGACACCAACGACGCAGGUGCCUUUGAAUGUGCUUAA